AUGAAGCCGCCGGGUUUUUCAAGAGCUCAUAACGCCGGCUCCAGUGUGUGUUGGUGUGUGCGCUGCCCCCUGCUGUUCAGAGCUCAUAACGCCGGCUCCAGUGUGUGUUGGUGUGUGCGCUGCCCCCUGCUGUUCGGAGCUCAUAACGCCGGCUCCAGUGUGUGUUGGUGUGUGCGCUGCCCCCUGCUGUUCGGAGCUCAUAACGCCGGCUCCAGUGUGUGUUGGUGUGUGCGCUGCCCCCUGCUGUUCGGAGCUCAUAACGCCGGCUCCAGUGUGUGUUGGUGUGUGCGCUGCCCCCUGCUGUUCGGAGCUCAUAUCGCCGGCGCCGUCAAAGGGGAUUAG